UUUGAACAUUUAUCAAUACCUUACCUCAUAUUUUUUAGUUUGAUACCAAUUAACUCAAUAUUCCCAUUUUCAGUCGAGAUGUCAGACUGGGAAGACGAAGCUCCUACGCCUGCGCCAAGCACCACAUCGUUCCAAUCCAAUCAAAAUCAAAGUUAUGGUGGUGUGAGUACUGGUAAAGGACGAGGUUUUACGCCGGUGACCGACCUAGACGAUGACAAUUCAGGAGGGGGAAGGAGUUACAAUGGAAGAGGCAGGGACAACGGCUUCCGCGGAGGUCGUGGCGGUGGUGGUAGGGGUGGUGGCCGAGGGGGACGGUACGAUAGCGAGAACGGGGGUGGCGGAGGUGGUUACAACAACUACGAUGAUGAAGACAGAGGUGGCUUUGGGGGCGGCAGAGGGGGACGUGGUGGCCGUGGAGGCGGUGGUCGCCGCUACGAUGGCGAGGAUGGAGGCGGCGGCGGAAGGCGGAACUAUGAGAACGGGGGUGGCUACGGAGGCGGUGGCGACGAUUACGAAAGCAGACGGGGAGGUGGUUACGGGGGCGGGAGAGGCGGACGUGGUGGCCGUGGAGGCGGUGGCUAUGGGGGUGGCGACGAUGAUGAUGACAGCAGAGGUGGUGGAUACGGGGGCGGCAGAGGAGGACGUGGUGGCCGUGGAGGCGGUGGCUAUGGAGGCGGCGACGAUGAUGACAGCAGAGGUGGAUACGGAGGCGGCAGAGGUGGCCGUGGAGGCGGAUUUGGCGGCCGUGGAGGCGGUGGCUACGGUGGCGGUGACGAUGAUGAUGACAGCAGAGGUGGAUUCGGAGGUGGCAGAGGCGGACGUGGUGGUGGCCGUGGAGGCGGAUUUGGCGGCGGUAGUGGUGGCUUCGGAGGCGGCGGCGAAAACGGUGAACCGGAGAAGCCUAGAGAGAGAUACGAACCCAAAGAACGAAAUGAUGACGAGCUAUUUGAUGGACAGAUAUCGACUGGAAUCAAUUUCGAUAAAUACGAUAAAAUUGAAGUCCGGGUUACAGGAGAAAACGUUCCGAAGCACAUUCAAACGUUCGCCUCGUCUGGAAUUCGAGGAUUGAUCCUGGAAAAUGUGGAAAAGGCGGGCUACAAGAAGCCCACACCGGUGCAGAAGUAUGCCAUUCCCAUUAUUAUGCAAGAUCGAGAUUUGAUGGCGUGUGCUCAAACUGGAUCUGGAAAAACGGCUGCGUUCCUUCUGCCCAUCAUUCAUAACCUGCUUGAGAAUCCGGAAAGCGUUCAAGUGAAUGACAGAUGCUGCCAGCCGCAAGUAGUAAUCAUGUCGCCUACACGAGAACUGGCCAUUCAAAUUCAUGACGAGGGACGCAAGUUUGCGCUCCAGUCCUGCAUAAAGACUGCGUUGGCCUAUGGUGGAACUGCUAGUUUCUCCCAGGCUGAUAAAAUUUCUAGAGGGUGUCACAUUUUGGUGGCGACUUGUGGACGACUGAACGACUUCGUCGAAAGAAACCGUGUCUCCUUCGAGUCUGUUAGGUUCUUCGUUCUGGACGAAGCGGAUCGAAUGCUGGACAUGGGUUUCUUACCAGAAAUCGAGAAAAUCCUCAGCCACCCUUCCAUGGUUGCAACUGGAACUAGGAGGACUCUGAUGUUCUCAGCAACAUUCCCCAAGCAGAUCCAGCAGUUGGCGUCCAAGUUUUUGGACAACUACGUUUUCCUCACCGUAGGAAAUGUCGGCGGCGCUUGUACUGACGUCGACCAAGUAAUUGUUCAAGUCGGCAAAUUCGAAAAGAAAGAUAAACUCAAGGAAAUUCUCUCCCAGGGCGACGAAAAGGUGCUGGUGUUUGUUGAGAAGAAGCGGUCGGCCGAUUUCCUGGCAAACUGGCUGUCGGAAGCGAGUUACCCGACGACCAGCAUCCACGGCGACCGGCUGCAGCGAGAGAGAGAGGAAGCGCUCAAUGACUUCAAGAACGGGCGCAUGCGCGUCCUCGUCGCCACCGCCGUUGCCAACAGGGGUCUAGAUAUCAAGGGCGUUUCUCACGUGGUGAACUUUGAUUUGCCGAAAAGCAGAGAUGACUACGUGCAUCGAAUUGGCCGAACAGGUCGGUUGGGAAACCGAGGAAAAGCCACGUCCUUGUAUUGUCCCGAGGAAGAUUCCGAUAUCGCUGCCGACCUGGUCCAGAUUCUCAAGGAGGCAAACCAGGAAGUGCCAGCAUUCUUAGAGGCGGCUUCCGGAGGAGCCACAUCCGACUACCGUGCCAGCAACUUCGGCGGAAGAGAUUUCCGUAGUUUCAAUAACCCUGUACAACAGAACCCUGAAAAAGGACAACCAGUUGCUGUCGAGGAAGAAGAAAGCUGGGAGUAGAACGCUACCCAACCCUAACCUCAAUCAUCGUAAUCUACAGCAUACUUUCAUUUGUUAUUCUGAGCAUAUUAUGAACACUAUAAUUGAAUUUUUUAUUGAGAUCUAAAUAAUUUUUAUAAUCUAUGCAUUAUUAUAUUCAAAAAAAAAGUAUGAUUUAAAGUGGCCACAAUGCCCCGAUAGCUUGGUCAAUUUGCAAAAUAUGUAUGUUAAAAGAGUUCGCUGUUAUAUGAUUUAAGAUUCUUUGUUAGGAAUAAUCAAUUUUUAUUUUCAUAGUAUGAGUUUGAGCUUUCACACUAUGACCAAACAUUAUCAUAGAAUAUCACAAAUGAAGGUUUAUGAAGCGUAAUGGAGUUUUGGAAAGAUGGAUGUGAAACAUGCAAUGAAAUUUUGGUAGUAUGUAAUUGAAGGUUGUUGAACAUUCCAUUAUGAUAUCUCAAAUUUAUUACUGGGUCUACAUUAGAAAUGUUCAACAAACAUAUUUGUUAGCGCACUUGUGGAACAAUCAUUUUAAAAAGUUUGAACAAUUCUCUCUUACAUAAAAAUUUCUUGUUUUUGACGCGCCAUGGGCAAACAUAAUAGAUUUGUCCGAAUUAUUUCAACAAACUUGUUAGUUGUGGGCCCAGCAUAUGCUUCAUAAUUGGAUGGAGAAUAUGGACUUGUAGAAUAAGUGAUUUCUUACAGAAAAGUUUCAUUUUUAUGCCGGUUGAUUGCUUAUAGGCCUAUAAUAGUUGUAUUUCCCUGCUUUUAAGGAAAUAUAUUCACGCAAAGAAAACAGUUUGCAGCCUUGGUACAUUCAGCCGGUUUAAUAUUCCUUGUUUGUUUAGUUCGGAAAAUAUGGAGGUUGUUUUUUAUUACGAGACAAAACGAAUCGCUUUAAUUUUAAAUAAGAUUUGAUAAAAAAUUAUUCUAGUUUUGAGUUUGGUAUGAAUGUUUAGUUUGGCAUUAUAUAUCUUAGAUUUUAUUAGUGUGGUAUGUUUAGUACAAACUUCUGAUCAUCAAGUAACGAAAGUUUUGCUUGGAGUAUGUACUUAUGUAAUUGAUUUUGAAAUUUGAUGCCGAUUUCAUAAGAACCCUGUAAGAUUUCCUGUAAUAUAGAAAAAAGGCUUCCACUUGCUACCGAACUUUGAAAAUAUAUAGCCCGCCGUAUGGUCAAAUUGAAUGUUAAGAUAGCCUUUUUUCUGUAAUACCAUAAGGACAUUUUCAAACGAUUUAGAAGUUUUAUAAUAGCUUUUCCUUGAAAUUUUCCUUUGACAAUAAUUGCAAAUGAAUGGUUUUUAUUCCUUGAAAUUUUCCUUUGACAAUAAUUGCAAAUUAAUGGUUUUUACUAGAGGAGAUAAAUUUACUUUUCAGUUUUCCACAAAUGCAAUGUUAUUCUUACUAUUUCAAAGUUACCAUGUAGUUGACAUUAUAAGAUGUCCUAUAGAAGUUCUGGAGAAAUAUAGUGCCUUACAAACAUUCAAUUGCAACCCAUCGAAAAGAACUGACUAAACUUACUAGAAGAAUUAGUCCGGGAACUCGAUCGUUGAGUCAUUUACUAGAAUAAGAUAAGUGAUAAUAAUAGUAUUUUUAUAUUGAUGAAUA